CCGUGGCUUUCUCGUGAUUUAAACAUUUUAAUGCGUCCACAGUUACGUAGGGCUUCUGUUUCAUAAUUUUAUACAAGUUGGGGUGAAAAUUUGUCCGUGCUGAAUUGCAACAGCUUUUGUGGCACUCGUGCGUGGGUAACACUGAGUCACCGUAAUUUCCUUUUUUCAUUUCGAUUUCGACAUCAUCAAAAAAGGUAAGGUUUAAUGGGGCUUACUUCCGUCAAUGAUAUCUUUCUGAUUGUGGGUUUCAUUUGCAGCUAGCCACAAUGGCAAAAGUGAUCACACAAGAAACAUUCGAUGAUGUGGUUAAAGAGAACAUAGUGGAAUUUUCUAUGUCCAUCGAGGAAGCUAGAGAGGAAACGAUAAAGCAAUUUGAAGCCCAAGGUAUUCAUCUGGGUAACAUUAUUAAAGAUCUUAACGUUAAUCCCGACACGGGUGUGCCUUUGUUGAAUGAGAGCGUAGAACAACUGAAACGGGUGAUCGAAACGAAGGAUGCGGAUCCGCAAACGGUGUUCCAGCAUCUGGCCGUAAUCACCGAAGAAUGCAAACUGAGCGUUCCCCAUCGUGUGUUAGCAGCUAAACUGGGUGCUUACGAGUUCAUAGUAAAACGACUGAAUUGUGACGAUAAACUGGAUAGUGAGGCUUUGCUUAAACUACUCACUGCCGCCAACUCAAUCGUCAACAAGCAACCAGACGUGUUCAGCCAUGAAUCGUUGGCCGCUGCUUUGAAGAUUUUAAAAGCUGCUCCCGACACGAAAGUGGCAUGUGAAGCAAUGAAGUGGCUACAAAAGGCAUGCAUACUUCACGAAAUGAAUCGUCAGAUGAUAAUGGAAGAAAACCAAACAAUUCCCACCAUCAAACCGUUCCUUGCCCGAACCGAACCGGAUGUAAUCCGUAACACCUGCACACUUUUCCGUUACUUGAUUCUGGAUGACGACAUACGGGUGGAGUUUGGCAAGGCUCACGAGCACGCCCGUCAGCUUGCUGGCGAAACACUCACGGAGAUAACGCAAUUGCUUACUAAGUGCAAAUCUGACCCCGACUUAAUCAGCGACUUGAUGUUAACGAUCGCCUCUCUAACUGUGCGUAACGAAUUUUGCCAAACGGUAGAGGAAGCCGGUGGCCUAAAGUUCAUUCUGGAUGCGAUGGUUGAGUUUCCCGACUCGAUGAAAAUCAUUCGCGAAGCGUGCAAGCUGCUCAAAGCACUUGCCGGAAAUGACACGGUAAAGCAGCACAUAAUCCAGUGCGGAGCAGCCCCAUUGCUAGAGUCGGCACUUAACCGUCACAAAGAUAAUGAAACAUUUGCCCGUCAUGCGCUAGCGUGCAUCUCGACACUGGCAUUACGGGAGCCCAACAAUAGUAAGGCCCUGUUUGAGACAGGCAUUUCCGAGACAGUUAUUCAAACGAUGAAAAUCCAUCCGAAGAGCAAGAUAAUUCAGCGCAAUGCUGCAUGGGCUGUGCGGAACAUGGUGUCGCGAUCGCGAGAUCAGUGCGACACAUUCGUGGCACAAGGCAUCGAAGAUGUGCUUAAUCAAGCACUGAUAGAUCAUCCCAGCAUCACGCAGGAUGUGAAAUCAGCACUUAGAGAUUUGGGUUGUAAGGUGCAGCUGAACGAAGAGUGGAAAGCCACAUCGGAGAUUCAGAUAAAAAAUGACUAAAAUAGGCGAGUACGUUUGUUGAUCCAAUCGACAACGCUAAUUAUUUAUCAUAUACUGUGUACUAGGUACUAUGUAACUGCGCAAUCUACUCAUCUGCACCACAUCAUUGAAGCUUGUACUGCCACUGAGAAGGUAAUUUUUACUUUUGUCUAACUCACAUUUGUGUGCUGAAAUUUAUUUUCUAAA